UGACUUGACACUGUUUUUUUGUAAAGGAGUCUCUUCAGAGAGUCUAAUACAUGGUCAGAGUGGAGAGGCAUUUCUCUCGAUCAGAGGUUUCACCUUUGAAAGACUGUAUGUAUUGUUUUUGGAGUGUUUGAGACGGUCUUACUCUGUAGCACAGGCUGAUCAUGAACUGUGGCAGCCCUGCUAUCUCAACCUGAGGGCACAGGCAUGACCUCCUGGUUCUGGCUUCUGCCUUUUGCGGUACUAGGGAUUGAGUUUAGUGCACUCAUAUACAUAAAUAAAUAAAUCUUGGGAAAAAUCCAGGAGGGUCACCUGUAAUCCAGUUUGCCUUCCAACUUGCCAUAAAUGGAGGAUGAUCUUGGAUUUCUGAUCCUCCUGCCUCUACCACCUGAAUGCUGAGAUCACAGGCAUGUGCCCUAUGCUCGGUUUAUGUGGUAGUGAAUGAUUGGAUACCUUGACUCAUACUGUAAGGCACAGAGCACCAGGCUCAUUUAUUUGUAUCUCUGGUUAUUAGCUUCCUUAGGGACAAUCUCAUCUCACCUCACAACUCCUGGUGGGGUUGGAGGCAGUAUCACCCCCACUUUGUAGAUGAGGAUAUUGAGGAACAAAACUCUAGGUGAAGCCAGGUGUGGGGGCACACACCUACAUUCCCAACACCUAGAAGGCUGAGGCAGGAAGAUCAAGGGUUUGAGGCCAGUCACACAAAAGCAAAGACAGGUUGGCCAUGGUGGUUCACGCCUUUAAUCCCAGCAAGCUAACAGGAGAUAGGCCCGAAACAGGAAGUAGAUCACAGGGAGCUCAGGCCAGCCAGGGCCAUGUAGCUUGAUCCUGUCGCAAAAAAAAAAAAAAAAAAAAAAAAAGCAAAAAACUAGAAUGUAGUUCUGAGGCAGGGCUCACUCCUAACAUUUGCAAAGGCCUGGUUUCUAUCCCUAGCACCAGAAAAAAGCAAAACAAGACCUGUCCAAGUUGAUCUUGACCAAGAUAGCACCAAGAGCCCAGAACAUCCUGGUCCUGGCCAGGCGCCUGUUCAACGCUCCCAUUGUGACCUAUAUGUUCUAUAAUGAACAGGUGAGUAUUGUGAGGUAGGGUCCGGGGUAAAGGGACUAUGAGGUGACAUUGCAGAAAACUGGAGACAGGGCAGGAGGGAUAGGGCUGUUCCCUCACACACAGGGACUUUGGGGCAGCCAUGUCCUACUUCAUGUCUCCACAAACUCAUCUGGGGCUUCUGCCUUCUGGCCAAGGUGGGGCCGCUGCUUCGGGUCCGUCCCUUGGCCUCUAUAGUGCUGCAGAGCCAGUGGUGGCGGCGUCUGGUGGAUUAGGUCCACUCGGCCAGAAAGCCGAGCAGGUGGUACCUGCUGCUGCCCAGGCCUGGGGCCCUACCUUGGCAGUGCCCGAAGCCAGGGGCUGCUCUGGGGGUGCUAGCUGGGAGACACCGCGGAGGAAGGAAUACAACCGAUACUGCCCCAAAUUGCCCCCCAUGAGGCAGCUGGAGACCUUGGGCUGGCCAGACCCCUGCUCCCGAAGCAGAGCUCCCUACCUGGGUGGCCCUAACAGGCCCAGGCCCCUGCUGCUGUGUGGGCUGUCACCAGGGGUUCUGACGAUGUCCUCCGAGGCAGGUGGGAAGGAGGCUGGCUCCCAACCUGACAUCUGCAUCCUUACCUUAGCCAUGAUGAUCGCUGGCAUCCCCACAGUACCUGUUCCAGGCCUGCGGGAAGAGGACCUGAUCCGGGCAGCUCAAGCUUUCAUGAUGGCCCAUCCAGAGCCAGAGGGAGCUGUGGAGGGGAUGCAGUGGGAGCAGGCACAUGCCCACAUGGCCUCUGGACAGAUGCCUCUAGUGAGAUCCAGGAGGGGCUCCUGCUUGUAGCCAGAUGAAAUAGCAUGAGAUACAUAG